AUGCAGUCGUUGGCUCCCAUUCCCCUUCCACAAGGCAUACCGACUCAGGAGAUGUCUGUAGACAACGACUUAAGAGCCCAGCUUGCAGCCGUCAUUAGCACUGGGCAACACCCACACUCCCAUUCGCACGCGUCUCAUGGAUAUGUUGACGGUCCGCCAUCCAGCAGUGCUAGCCCACACGAUCACAACAUAGAUCCAGCAAUCGGCAAUGUUACGGGCGGAGGCAAUUCGAUGAUCAUGGGCACUGGUGGUGAUAGUGGUGGAGACGACAUCAGCGACGGUCGCAAAAGCGCAAAGCGAGAGCUCUCUCAAUCCAAAAGGGCAGCGCAAAAUCGGGCGGCUCAGCGAGCGUUCAGACAACGAAAGGAGGGAUACAUAAAGAAGUUAGAGGAACAGGUCCGCGAACUACACAACAUGAAUGAUAGCUUGAAGGCAUCUCAGGCUGAGAACUAUUCCCUCCGCGAAUAUAUUAUCCAUCUACAGUCACGCCUCAUUGAGUCUCAAGGCGAAUGUCCUCAACCACCACCAAAUAUAAAUCUAACACACCCGCAUACUAGACUGGAACAUCAUGCACCAGUGGCUCCAAUGAACUCACUGCAGGCAAGCACUGCGAGAUCUCUGGCUGCAGCUAGUUUGGGAAUAAAGCAGGAAUCCUACGAUCACAACAAGCGAUACAAAGAUAACACAACAAACGAUGAUGAUAUUCAUUCUCAACUACAUCCUGUCAAUGAUGUAUUGCCUGGUCCAUUAUAA